AUGCCAGGUGCCUAUAAAGGUGAGUGUGGGGAUGAUGUGGACCCCAUGCCCUUCCUGGCUCCCUCAGAAAAAGAGAGGCUAGAGGCCAUGAACAAGUCCUACGACAUCAAGAAGUCCUGCUGGGUGAAGGACGAGAAGGAAGGCUUCAUCGCAGCAGAGAUCCAGUCUGAGGACGGUGACAAAGUCACUGUGAAAACAGUCAAAAACAUGACAGUCACUGUAAAGAAGGACGACAUGCAGCAAAUGAAUCCUCCAAAGUUUUAUCAGGCCAGCGAUAUGGCUAAUCUGACCUUCCUGAAUGAGGCCAGUGUGCUGGAGAACCUUCGUUCACGCUACAUCCACAUGAGAAUCUAUACCUACUCUGGGCUCUUCUGUGUGACUGUCAACCCUUAUAAAUGGCUUCCAAUCUAUGGGGUGAAAGUGGCCCAGAUGUAUAAGGGGAAGAAACGCAAUGAAGUCCCCCCUCAUCUUUUCUCCGUCUCUGACAAUGCAUACCAUGACAUGAUGAUGGAGCAAGAGAACCAGUCAAUGCUGAUCACUGGAGAAUCCGGUGCUGGCAAGACUGAGAACACCAAAAAGGUCAUCCAGUAUUUUGCCAAUGUGGGUGCCACUGGAGGAAAGCAGCCUUCAGAUUCCAAGGGCUCCCUGGAGGAUCAAAUCAUCCAGGCUAACCCUGUCUUGGAAGCAUUUGGCAAUGCCAAAACCACUAGGAACAACAAUUCUUCUCGAUUUGGAAAAUUUAUCCGAAUCCAUUUUGGGCCAACAGCUAAGCUGGCUGGUGCCGACAUUGAAAGCUAUCUACUGGAGAAGUCUCGUGUGAUCUCUCAGCAACCAGCGGAACGUAGCUAUCACAUCUUCUACCAGCUUCUGUCAGGGAAGAAACCAGAGCUGCUGGAGGCUCUCCUUCUGGUUCCUGACCCUAAACAGUAUGUUUGGAUCUGCCAAGGAGUUACUGUAGUGGAUAACAUGGACGAUGGUGAAGAACUAAUGCUAACUGAUAUGGCUUUUGACGUUCUUGGCUUCACUGCUGAGGAGAAAAUGGGCAUCUACAAACUAACCGGGGGCAUAAUGCACUUUGGUAACAUGAAAUUCAAGCAAAAAGCAAGAGAGGAGCAGGCUGAUGUUGCCACAACUGAGGUGGCUGACAAAGUUGCCCACCUGAUGGGGAUCAACUCCGGGGAUCUGCAAAAAGGGAUCACAAGGCCCCGUGUUAAAGUUGGAAAUGAGUUUGUGACCAAAGGUCAGAACCAGGACCAGUGUGUCUACUCCAUCGGAGCUCUAGCUAAAGCCAUCUACGACAGAAUGUUUAAGUGGAUGGUGAACAGGAUCAAUAAAACACUGGACACAAAGUUGCAGCGCCAGUUUUUCAUUGGCGUUCUGGAUAUUGCUGGCUUUGAAAUCUUUGAGUUUAAUAGCUUUGAGCAGCUGUGCAUCAACUUUACAAAUGAAAAACUGCAACAGUUUUUCAACCACCACAUGUUCGUCCUGGAACAGGAGGAAUAUAAGAAAGAGGGGAUAGAUUGGGUCUUCAUAGAUUUUGGGCUUGACCUGCAGGCCUGUAUUGACUUGCUGGAAAAGCCGAUGGGUAUCUUUUCCAUCCUUGAGGAGCAGUGUGUGUUCCCCAAGGCCACAGAUACUACUUUCAAGACUGCCUUGUAUGAUAAUCAUUUGGGCAAAUCUGCUAACUUCCUCAAACCAAAAGGUGGGAAGAAAGGUCCAGAGGUGCACUUUGAGCUGAUUCACUAUGCCGGCACCGUUGGGUACAACAUUGCAGGCUGGUUAGAAAAGAAUAAGGACCCACUGAAUGAAACAGUGGUUGCCUUGUACCAGAAGUCUUCCAUGUCCCUCCUGGCUCACCUCUUCAAAGAAGAGGAAGCUGCUGCAGGAACCAAAAAGCAGAAAAAGGGCUCUUCCUUCCAGACCGUAUCUGCUUUCUAUAGGGAGCAGCUGAACAAACUGAUGAGCACCCUGCGUAGCACAGCACCGCACUUUGUACGCUGCAUCGUACCCAACGAAUUCAAACAAUCUGGUGUUUGUGAUGCAAAUUUAGUCCUGCACCAGCUGGCCUGUAACGGAGUCCUGGAGGGAAUUCGCAUUUGCAGGAAAGGCUUUCCCAACAGACUGCAGUACCCUGAGUUUAAACAGAGGUACUACAUCCUGAACCCCAACAUCAUCCCAAAGGGAUUUGUGGACAACAAAAAAGCCUCUGAGUUGAUUUUGGGCUCAACUGGGCUGGACCAUAUGGAGUACAGGAUCGGACACACCAAGGUGUUCUUCCGUGCUGGAGUCCUGGCUAAGCUUGAGGACAUGCGAGAUGAGCGGCUGGCUAAGAUCAUGACCAUGCUGCAGGCCCGUCUGAGGGGCACGCUCAUGAGAAUUGAGUUCAAGAAGAUGCUUGAGAGAAGAAUUGCUCUCAUUGCCAUCCAGCGAAACGUGAGGAAGUUCCUUCAGCUCCGAUUUUGGGGUUGGUGGAAACUCUACACAAAGGUUAAGCCUUUGCUCCACGUAGCUCGUCAGGAGGAUGAGCUGAAAGCCAAGGAGGAAGAGUUACGAGUUGCGCUUGAAAAAACAGCGGAAAUGACUGAGAAGAUCAAAGAGCUUGACGAAAAACUAAUCACUCUCUCCAAAGAAAAGAGUGACUUGGCCUUAGCCUUAGCAGCUGAACAAGACAGCAUAGCAGAUGCAGAGGAGCGCUGUAACCAGCUGAUGAAACAGAAGAUGAACAUGGAGGAGCAUAUUCAGGAUAUGAAGGAGAGGCUGGAGGAGGAGGAGGGUGCAGCUAUGGCAUUAAGUGCUCAGAAGCGCAAGCUGGAAGGAGAGUUGAUGGACCUGAAGAGAGACCUUGAAGGCUUGGAAUCUACUCUGGCAAAGUCAGAGAAGGAAAAACAGGGCCUGGACACCAAAGUGCGUUCUCUGACAGCAGAGCUUGGUCAGAGAGAUGAUACCAUUGCUAAGUUCCAAAAGGAAAAGAAGGCUCUGGAAGAACUGCAACAGGGUACUCUGGAUGACCUUCAAGCAGAGGAGGAUAAAGUAAACCACCUCACAAAAACCAACAGCAAACUCACCACACAAGUGCAUGAGUUGGAAGACAACUGGGAACAGGAGAAGAAAAUACGAGGAGAGGUGGAGAAAGCCAGACGCAAAGCAGAGGCUGACUUGAAGAUGACCAUCGACAAUCUCAACGAGAUGGAGAGAGCUAAGAUUGAUCUAGAAGAAGUUGUCAAAAAGAGGGACAUGGAAAUUAACCAUCUGAAUGCAAAACUGGAGGAUGAACAAUCUCUCAGCUCCACUCUGCACAGGAAGCUCAAAGAGCACCAGGCCCGCAUUGAGGAGCUUGAGGAGGAACUGGAGGCGGAAAGGGCAAUAAGAGCGAAGGUUGAAAAGCAGCGAGCAGAUCUGUCCCGGGAUCUAGAGGACCUCAGCGACAGACUGGAAGAGGCAGGAGGUGCCACUGUUGCGCAGAUUGAGCAGAAUAAGAAACGUGAAGCUGAUCUGCUGAAGCUCCGCAGAGAGCUGGAGGAGGCAGCUCUGCAGUCCGAGGCCACUGCCUCUGCCCUGAGGAAGAAGCAUUCAGAUGCCAUGGCUGAACUGGCUGAGCAAGUAGAGAAUCUACAGAGAGUCCGCAUCAAGCUGGAGAAAGACAAGCAGGUCAUGAAGGCGGAGAUUGAUGAUCUGAAUGCCACUGUGGAGUCAGUGCAGAAAUCCAAGCUAAAUGCUGAGGUCCAUGUCCGUAAGCUAGAGGACAGCCUGGCAGAGGCUAAUUCCAGACUGGCAGAGAUGGAGAAGUCCCAGACUGAGCUCAAUGCCUUCAAAAUCCGUCUGUCAGCCGAGAACAGUGAUCUCAGCCGUGAACUUGGGGAGGCACACAGUAAGCUCAACCAGAUCACACGGAUCAAGGCUUCACUGACGACCCAAAAUGAUGAGCUGAAAAGACAGGUGGAUGAAGAGUCAAAGGCUCGAAGUGCAGCUGUCAUUGGGCUGGCUAACGCUCAGCAUGACCUGGACCUGAUGAAGGAGCAGCUGGAUGAGGAGCAGGAAGGAAAGACGGAAAUGCAGCGGCUCAUCUCUAAGCUCAACUCCGAGGUGACUACCUGGAGGACCAAGUAUGAGACUGAUGCCAUCCAUAAAACGGAGGAGCUGGAGGAGACCAAGCGAAAGCUGACCCUCCGGCUCCAGGAGGCAGAAGAAGCUACAGAAGCAGCCCAAGCUCGUGCAGCCAGCCUUGAGAAGGUCAAGCAAAGGCUUCAGGGAGAAGUGGAAGAUCUGACUAUUGACCUGGAGAAGUCCAAUGCUGCUGCUGCUGCCCUGGACAAGAAGCAGCGCACCUUCGACAAGAUGAUUGCGGAGUGGAGCCAGAAGUGCGAGGAGCUGCAGCUUGAGCUGGAGAAUUCCCAAAAGGAAUGCCGCUCCUACAUGACGGAGGUGUACAAACUCAAGACGGCUUAUGAGGAAUCACUUGACCACCUGGAAACUGUUAAGAAAGAUAACAAAACCCUUUCUGAGGAGAUCCGAGAUCUCAUGGAGCAGCUGGGUGAGGGUGGAAAGAGUGUUCACGAGCUCCAGAAAGCUAAGAAGAAGCUGGAAGUUGAGAGGGAUGAGCUGCAGAUAGCCCUGGAGGAGGCAGAAACCUCUCUGGAGGUUGAGGAAGGUAAGGUGGUCCGAGUCCAGCUGGAGCUGGCUCAGGUCAAGGCAGACAUUGAUCGCAGAAUUCAUGAGAAAGAGGAAGAGUUUGAAAUCACAAGGAAAAACCACCAGCGUGCCAUAGAGUCGCUGCAGGCUAGUCUGGAGGCAGAGGCCAAAGGCCGUGCCGAGGCUUUGAGACUGAAGAAGAAAAUGGAGGCUGACCUGAACGAGAUGGAGAUCCAGCUGGACCAUGCUAACAAGAACAACAGUGAGCUUGUCAAAACCCUCAAGAGGCUGCAACAGCAAAUCAAAGAUAUGCAGAUGCAGAUGGAUGAAGAUACACGACUGCAUGAAGAGCUGAGAGAGCAGUACAGCCUGCAGGAACGACGGCUCUGCCUGCUGCAGACAGAGAUGGAGGAGGUGCGCAGCGCUCUGGAAGCCUCAGAGCGCUCCAGGAAACUCAUCGAGCAGGAGCUGGUAGACAUUACUGAGCACCAUAAUGAGCUCAAUGUGCAGAACCAAAGUCUAAUUGUUACCAAGCGUAAAAUGGAAGCAGACCUGACUCGCCUGUCCAACGAGAAUGAAGAGCUGAUCAGUGAAUUCCGUGCAGCUGAUGAAAGAGCCAAGAAGGCCAUCACAGAUGCAACUCGUAUGGCAGAAGAGCUCCGGCAGGAGCAAGACCACUGCAUCCAUCUAGAGAAGAUAAAGAAAAACAAUGAGCUGACGAUCAAGGAACUGCAGCUGAAAGUGGAGGAGGCAGAAGAGCUCGCACUAAAAGCUGGCAAACGUACCAUCCAAAAACUGGAAGUCAGGGUUAGAGAGUUGGAGAGUGAGCUUGAUGGAGAGCAGAAGCGGCACGUGGAGACGGUGAAGACAGCGCGUAAAAACGAGCGCCGCCUAAAGGAGCUGGUCUUCCAAACAGAAGAAGACCACAAAACCAACCAGCGCAUGCAGGAGCUUGUAGAGAAACUGCAGAACAAACUGAAGUCUUACAAAAGGCAGAUAGAGGAGGCUGAAGAGCAAGCAAAUACAAGUCUAUCCAAAUACAGGAAGACUGUGCAUGAGCUUGACGACGCUGAGGAGAGAGCAGGCAUGGCAGAGAUGGCACUGAACAAGCUCCGCACUAGGAACCGAGCUUCUGUGAGCAAAGGCUUCACUAACGUAGAGAUUGUGCAGGUCACUAAAACAUCCAAGAGUUCCUCUGAGGAGUAAGAGGUCCGAUCCAUGCAGGAGAGUGACAGACAAACCAGCAUUCAUUCCCCAACUGAAGACUUUCUCUGCAACGGAUGGAAUUAGUGAGGAACACGAAAGUCUUAAAAGUACACUGUAAAAGUCUUAAGUAAUCUAAAUAUUGUUCUGUGUGUCUGAUGUGUUUUAAUGUUAGAUGAAGUCUAAUGUGUUGACUGUAAUUGAUCUAGUUUGUCUAAAUCUCUUUAGAAAUGGCCUUCAGUAAUGGGGAAUGAUUGGGGGAGCUGAACUCUCAUAUCAACGAUGGAGAGUACACCUGUGUUUGUCACUCUCCUGUCAUGAGCUUGUGUCUGAGUCUGUUUGCAGUCUUAAUAAACUUUAAGCAAGUA